AUGGAAAACAUAGACACAAUGGGCUCCGAGAUGGACGCAGCGGUCCUACACGGCGGGCUGCCGCUCGACCCGGGCUCGCUCUUCGUGCUGUUCAUCACGCUGUGCGGCUUCAUGCUGCCCAUCUUCAUCCUGUUCCCCCCGGUGCCGCCGCGCAAGAGCGACGCCCUGCUCGACACGCACACCAAGCUCGGCGUGGAGCCGGCGCAGUCGGGCCUGAAGGACCAGUAUGUCGAGCGCCCGGCGACGAGCGAGGCCACUGUCAAGAGCAUCUUUGUGUACCCCAUCAAGUCGUGUAAGGGCAUCGAGGUCGCGCGCAGCAGGGUGCUACCCACGGGGCUCGAGUUUGAUCGUCUGUUCACUUUUGCACAGCUCAAGAGCCCGUUCCCCGUGGCGGUGGGCGCAUCGGACGAGGAGAAGAGCAGGCACCGGUGGGAUUUCAUCACGAUCCGCCAGUUCCCGCUGCUCGCAACCGUCGAGGUAGAGCUGUGGCGGCCGGAUGUCGCCAAGCUUCAGGCCAAGCGGCAGAAGGCGUGGGCCCAGACGGACGCCUACAUCGUCGUGCGCUUUCCCUGGCAGGAGCCCGGAAUCAGGGGGACUCUGGCUUGGCUGGCGGCUAAGGUGGCUAGGGGCUUCAGCGCAAAGCCGGAGAAGGAGUUCAUCUUGCCAGUCGAGUUCCCCUCAGAAGAGGAGAUCAAGGAGAAAGGGUACACCUACGGGGAGGUGAAGAUCUGGAACGAAAUGCCGCUGGGUCUGAAUAUGAGCAGCGAGAUUCCUCCUGAGCUGCCGCGCUAUCUCGGCGUCAGCAACAAGAUGGGCCUCUUCCGCGUCGACCCGACAAAGCUGCGCGAGGUGUACAGGUGUGCGCCACAGAAGGACGAGGCAGGCUACCAGCCCGUCACCGGAUUCCAGGAUGCAUACCCUCUUCAUCUCAUCAGCCUCAGCAGUGUGCGGGAUCUAGGGUCCAGGUUGCUUGCGAAAGACGAGAACAUACUGAAUCUCGAUGUGCGGAGGUUCCGAGCUAACAUCAUCAUCGACGGCCAAGAGGCGUAUGAGGAAGAGAGUUGGAAGUCAAUACGUAUAAAGCCUUCUGCAGUCCAGGCAGCCCAGACAUCAGGACUAGAGGCAGCAGAUUUCCACGUAUCAUGCCGAACAGUCAGGUAA